CGCGGGAUGCUGUCAGCCUCCUCCUCCUCCUCUUCAUCAUCAUCAGGACCACCGGAGGGCCGAGCAGGACCAGGAUCCAAGCACCGAGCAGGUUGAGGAGCUCCAUGUUGGACCGCGGUGCCUUCACUGACGCUCGACUGUAUCUCAGACAGAAACCAGACAACCCGCUCCUUCCAGCCUUCAGGUCCACCUGAGAUGUUGGACGGUUUGGUUUAUGAAACUUGGAGCAGCGGGACGAGGAGGACAUCUCAGCAAGAUAUGAGGUCCACAGAACGGAACCAGCCUGUGUUCUGUAAGCCCUCUGCUGUCCUUUGUCCUGCUGACACGUCUGAAGGUUCCUUAUUCUGAAGACCAAAAACUGAAGUCUAAGAUUUCCUGACAGCUGAGAUGAUUGUUGGUUCUGGAUUGUCCUGAUUGUCUUCACAGAUUGUGGACAAUCACUUUUGUAAAUCUCUAAUACAAAACACAAAAAGCGUUUAUGAUUGUGUUCUACAUUUAAAGGGCAAAGACACCCUGAAGUGUCCAUCAGCUUUAAUCCUACCUACUGGAGGACGGUGUUGGACUCUGAAGUCCAGACCCUGGACACUGUGAAAAAACCCAACCAGGCACUGAUUUAAAGGAACCUCUGAAAUAAAUUAUUCUGGAUGUUUGGAAUCAAAUCAGAGCGAAGCUCCAUGAUGAACCAAGUCCAGCACAGCUUGAGCUCUGAGACGACGGAGAAGGCUCGGUUAGAGCUGAACGAGAACCCGGACACCCUCCAUCAGGACAUCCAACAGGUACGGGACAUGAUCGUAACACGGCCGGACAUCGGUUUUCUGCGAACAGACGAUGAAUUCAUCAUUCGCUUCCUCAGAGCCAGAAAGUUUGACCACGUGGAGACGUUCCGCCUGCUGGCCCAGUACUUCCAGUUCAGGCAGCAGAACCUCGACAUGUUCCAGAGUUUUAAGGUGGACGACUCCGGCAUCAAACGGGCUCUGAUGGACGGUUUCCCCGGAGUGUUGGAGAACCCCGACCAGCACGGCAGGAAGAUCCUCAUUUUGUUUGCUUCAAACUGGGACCAGAGCAGGAACUCCUUCGUAGACAUCCUACGGGCCAUCCUGCUCUCUCUGGAGGUUCUGAUAGAGAACCCGGAGCUCCAGAUCAACGGCUUCACCCUUAUCAUCGACUGGAGCAACUUCUCCUUCAAACAGGCAUCCAAGCUGACGCCCAACAUCCUGAAACUGGCCAUCGAGGGCCUUCAGGACAGCUUCCCGGCUCGGUUCGGUGGGAUCCACUUUGUGAAUCAGCCCUGGUACAUUCACGCCAUGUACACCAUCAUCAAACCCUUCCUCAAGGACAAGACCAGGAAAAGGAUCUUCCUCCACGGUAACAACUUGAACUCACUCCACCAGCUCAUCCAGCCCGAGUGUCUGCCGUCGGAGUUCGGCGGAACGCUGCCACCGUACGAUAUGGGCAUCUGGGCCCGAACGCUGCUGGGACCCGACUACAACGACGAGACCGAGUACACGCUGACGUACGACGCCCUCCACGUCAGGGAGAGCUGUGGAGGAGGAGGAGGAGACAAGGACAUGAUGAAGAGGUCUCAGUCGACGGUGGAAGCAGGAACUCUCCGGCAGAUGGACAGAGAAACCAGCACGCCGUUGUUGGCCCUGGACUGAACGCACAACCACACACACCAACAUGAAGUGCACGCAGCAACAUGCACAGAUCUAUGAACAAACACACCACACACGAAGCCAGCUGGGUAUUAAUGGAUUGUUGUAGAGAACCAAACUUCCAGAACACGAGCAACAUGUUUGUACCUCUGUCUUCUAGAGGAUCCUCAUGAACAGAAUGAAAACCUGGUUCCUGUGAACUGAAUGUUUUAACCAUCCAGCCUCAGAACAGAGUCGGGUAAACAGAACCGUUCGGUUCUACGGUCUCUGUCAGGACAAUAAACUGGUCUGGUCUUCACUGGGUUCUAAAAGGACUCCAAUCUAACCUUAAAAGACCCAAAACACAACAGAUUCCAUCGCAUCGUUAUUUAUUUCACAACAAUGAAGCCAAAAUAGAAAAAACUGCAGAAGAUCCAUGGUCUAGACGUGUCCUCUGGUCUGGUUCUGGUCCAGAAGUCUUGUGGUUCCUUCGGAUGAACCAUCCCAAACCUAAGUCACGCUGCCAUGCUUGUUUUAGAGAGGAGGUCGUGACCUUUGACUGAGGCCUGUAGCUCACUGCACAGUCUGACCUUCAGGGUGAAUCAGCGGUCUGAAAUGUUCUGUAGAACGAUGGACUCUGAAUGACCUUUGACCCUUCCCAGAUUGACAGACAACAUCAGCUGCUUCUCUAAGGUCAUUGCUGAUGUCUUUCCAGCUUGGUGCUGUGCUAACAUGGUCCUGUACGCUCCGGAGCAGAAAAACAAACAAACAACUUUUAUUUAUUUUGGCCUCGUGUUGGAACGGUGGAAUCUCUUCUUUAUUCACUUGAGCUUAGAUUGGGAUCCCAGUCUGAACCCUCUGAUGUCCCCCAGUCUGUCCUCUGAGCAUCUGUCCAGAUGUUUCCUGAGCUGCGAGGGGGGCGUCUGAAUAUUGAAUAAUCUCUGCAGAUUAUUUUAUUUUACCUUCAGCAAUUCAUGAUUUAUUUUAAAUCUCUCCCGUCAGACUCCGAGGAUCUGAUCACAUUUAAAGUCAAACCAGUUCAAAUGAUCACAUUUAAAGUCAAACCAGUUCAAAUGAUCACAUUUAAAGUCAAACCAGUUCAAAUUUAAAACC